AUGCGCAAGACCAGCGAAGCUAACCUUCCGAAUAGCGCCUUCAUCGCCGGCGGCAUUGCCGCCUGCGGCGCCGUAACGGCCACACAUCCCUUUGAGACUGUCAAAAUUCGAAUGCAAUUGCAAGGGGAGUUGAAGGACAAGGGACAUCAGCCGCACCAGUACAAAGGCCCUCUCCAGGGUGUGUCCGUUAUUGUACGGAACGAGGGUGUCAGGGGCAUCUACCGCGGCAUUGGCUGCGCCUAUAUCUACCAGGUCCUGCUGAACGGCUGCCGUCUGGGUUUCUACGAGCCGAUGCGCGAAACCCUGACGACUCUCGUCUUCGACGAUAGCAAGACGCAGAGUCUGGGCGUCAACAUGGCCUGUGGUGCUGGAUCCGGAAUCAUGGGCGCCGCGGCCGGCAGCCCCUUCUUCCUCGUCAAGACCCGGUUACAGAGCUACUCCCCCUUCAUGCCUACGGGCACGCAACACAACUACCGCAACGCUUGGAACGGAAUGACCUCGAUCUAUGGCGCCGAAGGUAUCCGCGGACUCUACCGUGGUGUUGGCGCGGCCAUGAUCAGAACGGGUUUCGGAAGCUCCGUGCAGCUGCCCACUUACUUCUUCGCCAAGCGGAGAUUUGUUCACCAUCUGGGCAUGGAGGAGGGUCUUCCUCUGCACCUUGCUAGCAGCACCGUCAGUGGUUUCGUUGUUUGCUGCGUGAUGCACCCUCCUGACACCAUCAUGUCUCGCCUUUACAACCAAAACGGAAACCUCUACAAGGGCGUCUUUGACUGCCUCGCCAAGACGAUCCGCACUGAGGGCUUCUUGGCCAUCUACAAGGGUUUCCUGCCUCACUUGGCCAGAAUCCUCCCCCACACCAUCCUGACGCUUACCCUAGCGGAGCAGACCAACAAGCUGAUGAAGAAGUUCGAAGACCGUUUCCUGCCAGCGGCCGCCCUGCCAAACCCAUGA